UUUCUCCUCGACCCUUGUUGUUCCUGGUGUCUUCGUAGCUCCUUCGACGUGGCUAGCAGGUAGAAAAGGAGGUCAAUCUCGCUUCCCACCCGCCGUUAAACCACCACAUUGAACCCAUUCGACUUUAAUUCUUGACCGAUAUGCCGGCCAAUAAACAACGACCGCCGUUCCGCGCAGAGCACUUGGGCUCACUUCUCCGCCCGCAAGAGCUGACCGAGAAACGACUGAAGCUUGCCGAUGUGAAGGCUAUAGAUGUUGCUAGGGACGAGGAGUUGCACGCCAUCGAGGACAAAGCUAUCAACGAGAUUGUCAAGCUGCAGCUAGACCUCGGGUUUCAUGCUAUCAAUGAUGGCGAAUAUCGGCGCCAUCAAUUCUGGGGGACAUUCUUCCCUAACCUUGAGGGAUUCGAGGAGGUCAUGAACCCCGAGUGGGAUAUAUUCCGCCUAUACGUUCCUGACACCGCCGCAUUUACCGAGAAGGGCCACAAACCCGGCGAAACGAUCGUUUGCGUUGGCAAGAUCAAACACGUUGGUAGCGCAUAUCUCUCUGACUGGAACUAUCUCAAGAAAUUAGUUCCUCCAGAAAAAGUGAAGGACUUGAAGAUAACUCUCGCCGCCCCCGAAUGGUAUCAUCUGAGAUAUAAAAAGGGCAAAGCGUAUCCGAAGGAAGUGUACGCAAAUGACGAAGAGUACUUUGCUGACAUCGCCAAAGCCUAUCAAACUGAGUUGCAACUUUUAUAUGACAAUGGCUGCCGAAAUGUGACUAUUGACGACCCGAAUUUGGCUUACUUCUGCGACGAUAAAAUGCUGGCUGGAUUCAAGGCAGAUGGCGAGGAUUCUGACGCUCUUCUUGAUUCGUAUAUCAAGCUAUACAAUGACUGCGUCUCGUCGCGUCCGGCGGAUAUGCAUUUGGGCAUCCACCUCUGUAGAGGCAACUUUGCCUACAGUAAACACUUCUCGGAGGGAGGGUAUGACCGAAUUGCCACGAAGCUCUUCAACAACAUAGAUGCCGAUACCUAUUUCUUAGAAUACGAUACUGAACGAGCAGGCAAUUUCGAGCCUUUGAAAGAAUUGCCACCGCAUAAAAAUGUCAUUCUAGGAGUCAUUACUAGCAAGUUUCCGGAACUCGAAGACAUUGAGGAUAUGCGUAAUAGGGUAUUCCAGGCUGCUGAUAUCAUCGCGAGCGGCGCCGGGCAAACGCGUGAGGAAGCACUCAGGAGAAUUGGUGUUAGUCCCCAGUGCGGGUUUGCUAGUCACCAUCUUGGCAACGCCGUGACGCGAGACGACAUGAUUGCCAAAUUGAAGUUAGUCAGAAAGCUUGCCGACACCAUAUGGCCGGGAGAGCCAUAGAUAUAAAUUGUACGAAUACCUUAGGUACCUACCUACCUAGGCAGGUAAUGCAGAAGGUUCGACGUUAUGGAGGGGGAAACGCUGCUCUAUUAUACGUGUAUAUGAUGCUUAAACAGAGUCGAAAUUAUGU